CACAACAAAAAGGCUUCCAGUGAACAAAAAUGUCGGGAACCAGAAAGAAGGCGCUGCUCAAAGUGAUCAUUCUCGGAGAUUCGGGCGUUGGAAAAACAUCUUUGAUGAAUCAAUAUGUAAAUCGGCGAUUUAGUAAUCAAUAUAAGGCAACGAUUGGAGCCGACUUCCUCACACGCGACGUAAACAUUGACGACAGAACCGUCACUCUUCAGAUCUGGGAUACAGCCGGCCAGGAACGUUUCCAAUCGCUCGGAGUCGCUUUUUAUCGUGGAGCCGAUUGCUGUGUGCUGGCUUUUGACGUCACAAAUGCCGCCUCGUUCAAAUCGCUUGACUCGUGGCGUGACGAGUUUCUGAUUCAGGCUAGCCCCCGCGAUCCAGACCAUUUCCCGUUUGUCCUGCUCGGAAACAAGGUGGAUUUGGAGUCACAGCGUGCCGUUUCGUCAAAACGUGCUCAAUCUUGGUGCCAGACGAAGGGAAAUAUUCCGUAUUACGAGGUUUCUGCCAAGGAAGCUCUCAACGUUGAAGCCGCAUUUUUGGCAAUUGCUCGUGAUGCGUUGGCUAGAGAAUCUCAGGAAACCAACGAUUUCCCAGAGUUUCCCGACCAAAUCCGUCUCAACCCAAAUCAACAGAACCAGCAGAAUUCGGGAUGCAAUUGUUAACCGUGUGCUGCUCCGCGCAGAGCCCUCUAUCUCUAUCUGCACAAAAUGUAUUUUUGACACAUUCGAUUCAAUUCAAUUCAAUCCACACAACACACAUUUCCUCUUCCCUCGUCUCCACUUUCUAAAAAUCCC